AUGUCUUCUUCUUUGGAAUCUGAUCCUAUACUUGUUAGUUAUCAUGACUCAAUUGUACGUUUAUCAAAUUUAAAAACUCUUGAUAAUGCAAAUUGGCUUGAUGAUAAUAUAAUAACAUUUGCUUUUGAAUAUCUACAAUAUGAAUCGAAAUUUACUAAUGAUGUUAAAAAUUUAUUUAUAUUUGUUACACCACCUGUUGUACAAUUAUUAAAAAUGAGUGAUAAUUUAUUUGCUGAACAACUUCUACAAUCAAUAGAUUUUCGUGAAAAAAUAUUUCUUAUUUUACCAAUUAAUGAUAAUACACGUGUCACAGUUUUUGGUGGUUCACAUUGGUCGUUAUUAAUACUUUCUAUUCAAGAAAAAAUUUUAUAUCAUUUUGAUUCAAUGUCAUUAUCAAAUGAUCAUACAGCAAAAGAAGUUCAACAAAAAUUUCAAGCAUUUUUUCAUGAUCAUGUAACUUUAAUUAAUUGUCGUUGUCCACAACAAAAAAAUGGUUUCGAUUGUGGAUUAUAUGUAAUUGUUAUUGUUGAAGAAUUUUGUCGAUUUAUUUAUAAAUAUUAUUUAGCAAAAAAUUCUAAUGAAGAAAAAUAUGGUAAAGAACUUUUUGAAAAAUUUAUGAAUGAAAUUAAUCAAUCUAUUACAUCGGAAUAUAUUAAUCAACGACGAAAACAAUUAAAAACAUUACUUGAAUCAAUGAGUGUUGAUAGAAAAAAAUAA